AUUCGUCUCUUGAUUUUGUUGGGGGGUUGGUCAGAAGGUAGAAACGAUUACUAAGCUUUGUGUGAGUUCAGGGCAGGAACAGGGGGUGUAAAGCACAGAAGCAACUGUACAUCAGGUGUGGAACGUAAGGUCUUCUUCAGGGUCAAAAUAACAGCCGCCUGAGAUGGGAAUUGCUUGUGUUUUUGAAGUCUUUCUCUUUGUGGGGGUCGUGUUCCCAUACGGAUCAUGGUGUCUUCCAACGACUACGACUGUGAACUGUGCUGGCGGAUCCAAUUUCCAACUGGGGGAAAUAGACGAAGACUAUGAAGGUGAGGUGGAGAUCUUGCAGGGGAUUCCUCCAGGUGAGAAUCUGGUGCUGGAGGCCUAUCUGUUUCCCACUGGAGUCACGUUUCUGCAGCUGGACUAUACCGUCGGGAACCCAACCGCCGUGGUCAGAACAAAAAGGCCGCUGGAUGCAGACGCUCUUGAAGGUGGUGGACUCUUAACCUAUGCCGUAAAAUGUAGGUUAGGGAUGAAGAACACUCGCGAACUAAAUGUCAGAGACAAGAAUGACAAUCCACCAGUCUUUCAGCAAACACAGUACACUGACACAGUCUCUGAGACACUGGGUGUGGACUCGCCAGUGCUGACGGUGAAGGCGGUGGAUGCUGAUGUCACUGAUGCCAACAACCGAUUGACUUACUCCAUCCAGGCUCCAGUGCCGAGUGUCUUUGAGAUGAGGGCCGACGGGCUGAUUCUAUUGAUGGAACGCCUGAACUACAACACGGGCAAUCACUACACAUUCACAGUGGAAGCAAGGGACCCUCAUGGCCUCUCAGACACUGCGACUGUGACAGUCGACGUGACGGACUUUGACAACUUGAACCCUUAUUUUGAUCACACUCUCUAUGAGGCCACCAUAGCAGAGAAUCAGGGGGGACCUCUGCCUUCAGUCCAGCCAGCAACCAUAAAGGCCCAAGAUGGCGACACGGGCAUCAACAUGACCAUCGCCUACAGCAUCACAGCAGUGGCCCCAAGCAAGUACCAGGCUAACUUUGCCAUGGAUGCGGUUACUGGAAUCAUAAGUGUGACAACCCCACUGGAUCGAGAAGAAGUAUCAUCCAUCAAUGUUCAGAUAAAGGCCGCACAGCAGGAUGACAGCUUUAAAACUGCCAACGCGUUGGUAGUGGUUAACAUUGAGGACGUCAAUGACAAUGCCCCACAAUUUGACAAGGCUGACUACUCCGUGGCCAUUCUGGAAAAUUAUCCGUCGGACUCCUUUGUGCUGCAGGCCAAAGUCACAGAUAAAGACCUGGGAGGAUUUGUUGGAACAAUCCGGCUCAUUCCAGACUCUGUGCCUUUUGCUGUGAGCCAAGAUGGCAUCAUCACGGUGAAUACCUCGGCUGAUCUGGAUCGGGAGACUUCCACCAGUAUCCAGUUUCAGGUUGAAGCAAGAGAGGACGCUCCUCCCAAUACUGUAGUGACUGCAAAUGUGCAAAUCAACCUUUUGGACGUGAAUGAUAACAGUCCCCAGUUUGGUGACGCCAAGUAUGAGGGCAAAGUCUUCGCCAAUCAGACUGCUGGAAUGCUGGUUGUCAAGGUUGAGGCUUCAGACCCAGAUGAAGGUGCGAAUGGAUUGGUGACUUACUCCAUUGCCGGUGGCAACCAGGAUGGCUACUUUGCUAUAGGUGAAGACACUGGGGAGAUCACCUUGGUGAAGAUCAUCCCACUGGAAGAGAACAAGGUCCUCCAGUUCUCCCUGUAUGUGACCGCCAAAGAUGGUGGUGACAUUUCCCGGGCAUCCUCAGUGGUCGUGGACAUCCUGGCCCAUGAGAACGGGCUCAAGUUUCUCCAGAAAACCUAUCAUGCCAGCGUGGAGGAAGAGAUGGAUGGUAUUGUGGAGGUUGUUAAAGUAAGAUUCCACUCUAAUGGUCCAGUGCCACAGGUGGUAACUGAAGGUGACAAGUUCUCCAUAGACGCCAAUGGUGUGCUGUCUACUAAGGUGAAGCUAGACUAUGAAACUAAGGCGAACUAUAGCGUCCGUCUGUCUCUGUCCGAUGGCACUGAACAUGACGAGGCGGUGGUGGAGGUCGAGGUCCAGGACGUCAAUGACAACAGCCCUGUGUUUGCGACCAGCUCAAUCACCAUGAAUGUUAACGAGGAUAUUGAGGUAGGGGAGAACAUCACCACGGUGACAGCUUCAGAUGCUGACGCGGGAUACAAUGGCGAGGUUCGCUACAUUCUGCAAGGCAACGCGGGGAGGUUCAGCGUGAACGGCGAGUCAGGCGUUAUCUCUCUUGCCGAACCCCUCGACAGGGAACAGCAGGACGAGUUCCACAUCGAGGUCGUCGCCAUGGACCAGGGUCGGCCCUCUCGCUCGGCGACCGCCACCGUGGUCAUCCAGGUGCUGGACGUCAACGACAACGAGCCAGUCUUCUCCCAGACGCAGUACUACCUCACCGCCUCGGAGCUGGACGAGCCUGGCACUCUGCUGGCCACCUUGAUAGCGACGGACAAGGACGUGGGGACAAACGCUGAGUUCACAUACCGCAUCGCCAAGGUGGAGCCGUCCUUGGAGUCCACUCCAUUCACACUGGACCCCGUCACUGGAGCGCUGACGCUGGCCCGGAGACUGGACUACGGUGACGGCACGCGCUACACCCUUGCGGUGGAGGCGGUGGACAAGGGUACACCGACCAUGACAGGGAACGCCACGGUGACGGUGCAGGUGGAGGACGUGAACAACAACCCGCCAGAGUUUAGCCGCGAACGCUACGACGUGGCCGUGCCCGAAAACCUGGCUGGAGGAGCCGUCCUGGUGUCCCUGGAGGUCACAGACAAGGAUAAGGGUGGCUUCUCUAAUGGAUAUUUUGUCAUGACCAGCGAUACCUUCAGCAUCAACAAAAUGGGCGCCAUCUCCCUUAACAGUGAUGCCACUCUGGACAGAGAGAAGCAGGACAGCUAUGUUCUACAGGUCACGGCAGUGGACCAGCCAGUGGACGGCCUGAACGCGACGGCCCAGGUGAACAUCACCGUCACGGACAUCAACGACAACAACCCCGAGUUCCUGCCGCUCCCCUCACCCAUCUCCGUGGCCGAGGGCAAGUACACGGAUGUCGCCCUGGGAGUCGUGUGCCAGAUUCAGGCCGAGGACAGGGACGCCGGGGAGAACGGCCGCGUCAACAUCUCCACGUCCUCCUACACAGACACUUUCACUUUCACCGAGGACGGUACUCUCGUGGCUCGGGCUGAGCUGGACAGAGAGACGAAGGACUCCUAUGACCUGGUCAUCAUCGCCACUGACAACGGCAAACCCCAGAGACAGACCGUCACCAACAUCAGGGUCUCAGUCACAGAUGUGAAUGACAACGCCCCGGUGUUCAGCAUGGACACAUACAGUAAAAAUAUCCUGUCCACGGACAGCAAAGAGGGAGACCUGGUGCUGACUGUGACAGCAACAGAUAAGGAUGCUGGCAACAAUUCUGUCAUCACAUACAGUUUUGCAUCUGGUGCCUCGGAAUACUUGAGCCUCAAUAGUGAAACUGGUGACAUCACAUUGACCUCUGACCUCUCCAAUGUAACAAAAGACACACUGCUGAACCUCACAGCCAAAGCUGAGGACCAUGGGACAACCCCCCUCUCUUCUACAGCCACCGUCCUCAUCUACAUCCGGACUGUGAGCCUGGAGGAGGGUCUGACCUUUGCGAGCCCCACCUACAACUUCAGUGUUGCGGAGAACAAACCCAAAGACAGCGAGGUGGGCACUGUCAUGGCCUCCUCUGGAAGCUCUCUCAUCGAUGUCAGCUACAAUCUGAAGACGCACACGGAUCUGUUCUCCGUGAACACCGCCGGUUCCGUCCGCACUCUGGUGGAACUGGACAAGGAGGAAAAGGAGUUCUACGUCAUCUCUGUGGAGGCCACUGACACCAGGGUUCCCCCUAGCACCGCCCUGGCAGUGGUGACGGUUCAGGUGGAAGAUGUGAAUGAAGUGCCAGUGUUUGACAGUGACCCCUACACUGCAGAGAUCUUCAGCAUUGCCCCAUUCAAGGACUCUGUCGUUAAAGUCAAGGCCACAGACCCUGAUGUGGGGGAGACACUGAAGUACUCUCUGGUGGAGCCCAGCUCCAUGUUUGCUGUGGAGCCCUCUAGUGGUCAGGUGUAUGUAGUGUCAGUAGCUGGUGAGAGUGGGAAGGUGAGCCUGCAGGUGAAGGUAGAAGACCAGCAUGGACUCUACGACACAACAUCAGUGGAGGUGACCGUAAAGGAAAGUAGAGAGGACAACGUUGUGGUCAUCUCUCUUAACCAGCCAAUCAACAUAGUGGAGGAGAAAACAUCAGAGUUGGAGAAGUCAUUGGAGAGAGUCUUGGACUGGACAGUGAAGGUAAUCAGCAUCGCCAAUAGCAACGGCGAGGCUACUGACCGUCGUGCACUCAGCAGUUGGACAUAUGUUAGCUUUGUUGCCAUGGACGCCAGCGGUACUGUCAUGUCUGCCAAGGAGGUCCAGAACAAGCUUAAAGAUGAGGAGGAGAAGGUUCAGGCUGAGCUGGAGACGGUGUUUGGCACUGGGUUGGAGCACCAGGUGGAGAAAGGCCCAGGGGGAAACGGGUCAGACUCAAUGGUGGUCAUCCUCACCCUCGGGAUCCUGUUCGGGCUGACCAUUGUGGCACUUGUAGUUGUUGUGACUGUCUCAGUGAUAAAAUUUAAAAAAAUUAAAAAAGACAUGGGAGAUUCAGAGAAGGAAUCUUUCCACAUCGAGAGGAUAUCUCAAUCUUCAUCAAUUUCAGAUGAAAAUGAGCCUGCAGAAAAGAGUGAGGGGAAGAGAACCCCACAAAGUGUGGUUCACAAAGCGUCACAGGACUCUAAAGACCAUGGGAGAAAAGAGGAGGAAGAGAAGGGUGACCAAUCAGCUUUUUAAAUGAGACUCUCUCUCUCUCUCUCUCUCUCUGUCUCACAGACACACACACACACACAUCCAUACACCCACACACACACACACACAACCACACAAAUUGUAUUGUCUUGCACUUCUACUGGUUUCCUAAAAGCAGCAGCUGACCCCUAGCACUAAUACAAACACUUCAUAGAUGUGAACAGUAUUUCAAUGAUAGUGUUAGUUAUAUUGUACUAUGUUUUUCCAGUUGUUUUCUGAUCUGUUUUCUGAACUGAAGAGUGAUCAAUAAAUGUUUUCUGAUCAUCUUAAAGGAGAAGUCCCAUGAGCUUGAAUCAUCUUGAAUUUCCCCUGGGGAUCAAUAAAGUAUCUAUCUAUCUAUCUAUCUAUCUAUCUAUCUAUCUAGCUUGCCUCCUGAAGCACUGUAGCUGCCUUGCUAACCCAAACUAGGUAGCACCGGUUUUGUUUGUUUAUUUUCAUAUUGUCAGUACUCUGUUACCUCAACAAACUGGGAUCUAUGUUGAAAUACUCCAGACCUCUUUAAUUCUAUUGUUUUUAUACAGAAAAGGAAAUCAUUCAAGGGACUAUUGUCUUUUCACACAUUACUGUAGUCACCAUCGUUAAAAGUGGACAGUAGCAUUUAUGUUCAUUGCAUUGAGAACUCUGAACUUGAAGAUGGAAAGGCCAGCAGGAUACCAUUUUGAGGCAGUGUCACUCACUGAGUGUUUUUUUUUUCAGGAAAUUUCGGGCAACAAUUUUUAACAACAGCAAAAAAACUAUACAUUUUUAGAGAAUUAUAGGGCAACAUGCCGCAAUCAUCCAAUCAGGAAACUAGGAAACUGGCGUGUGACUGCAUGGCAACUUUGCUCAAAAAGAUGGUCAUUUGUGUCCACAAGUUGCAAGGAGUCUGUCUCCAUUGCAUCAUAAAAGUAAAUGGAGGGACAUGUACGUCAAACUCUACAUUAUUUUGUAAUGCUGCACAUUAUUGAUUAUGAUAAGGAAUAUUGAUUAUUAUCUUUUCUCUGUUCAAGAUAAGGAAUGAUUUUGCACUGGUUGUGACUACGUAUGCAUGUGUAUGGGUCUCUCAGACAUUUUUGGGUUUAACAAGACAGUCAAUACGUGUCACCAAAACUAACUGAUCUGUCACACAACUAAAUAAAGAACAGUCACCAUACUGA